AGGAUCCAGAGAACCAGUUUAUAGCUUAAAUGGAAGAGGCAGGACCACAGUGUCAGGGGCCCUGUCUUUCUGUGCUAUGACCUCAAGGCUUCACUUGUAAAAACGAGCACAUCAGAGAGGCAGAUGCCAGCCCCAAACCUCAUCCCUAGCGGAGGCCUCGCUGAUGUGGAAGUGGCCAGGGCCCUCAUGGAGGCUGGGCAGGAGCCCAAGAGCAGGCUCUAAAGCUGCCAAACCCGGCAGCCCUGGGCCCCGGAGGCGCUUGCCAGUCUGACAGUGUUCUUGGCACUGCUCAGAGGUCCCAGCAGCUGGGGUUCCCCCUCAGCCCGUGAGCGGCCAUGUCCAGCCCCAGCGCUCCACCACCAUAUGAGGACCGCAACCCCCUGUACCCAGGCCCUCCGCCCCCUGGGGGCUAUGGGCAGCCAUCCGUCCUGCCAGGAGGGUAUCCUGCCUACCCUGGCUACCCGCAGCCUGGCUACGGUCACCCUGCUGGCUACCCACAGCCCAUGCCCCCCAUCCACCCGAUGCCCAUGAACUAUGGCCCAGGCCAUGGCUAUGAUGGGGAGGAGAGAGCGGUGAGUGAUAGCUUCGGGCCUGGAGAGUGGGAUGACCAGAAAGUGCGACACACUUUUAUCCGAAAGGUUUACUCCAUCAUCUCCGUGCAGCUGCUCAUCACUGUGGCCAUCAUCGCUAUCUUCACCUUUGUGGAACCUGUCAGCGCCUUUGUGAGGAGAAAUGUGGCUGUCUACUACGUGUCCUAUGCUGUCUUCGUUGUCACCUACCUGAUCCUUGCCUGCUGCCAGGGACCCAGACGCCGUUUCCCAUGGAACAUCAUCCUGCUGACCCUUUUUACUUUUGCCAUGGGCUUCAUGACAGGCACCAUUUCCAGUAUGUACCAAACCAAAGCCGUCAUCAUUGCAAUGAUCAUCACUGCGGUGGUAUCCAUUUCAGUCACCAUCUUCUGCUUUCAGACCAAGGUGGACUUCACCUCGUGCACAGGCCUCUUCUGUGUCCUGGGAAUUGUGCUCAUGGUGACUGGGAUUGUCACUAGCAUUGUGCUCUACUUCCAAUAUGUUUACUGGCUCCACAUGCUCUACGCUGCUCUGGGGGCCAUUUGUUUCACCCUGUUCCUGGCUUACGACACACAGCUGGUCCUGGGGAACCGGAAGCACACCAUCAGCCCGGAGGACUACAUCACUGGCGCCCUGCAGAUUUACACAGACAUCAUCUACAUCUUCACCUUUGUGCUGCAGCUGAUGGGGGAUCGCAAUUAAGGAACAAGCCCCCAUUUUCACCCGAUCCUGGGCUCUCCCUUCCAAGCUAGAGGGCUGGGCCCUGUGACUGUGGUCUGGGCUUCAGGCCCCUUUCCUUCCCCUUGAGUAACAUGCCCAGUUUCCUUUCUGUCCUGGAGACAGGUGGCCUCUCUGGCUAUGGAUGUGUGGGUACUUGGUGGGGACGGAGGAGCUAGGGACUAACUGUUGCUCUUGGUGGGCUUGGCAGGGACUAGGCUGAAGAUGUGUCUUCUCCCCACCACCUACUAUAUGACACCACAUUCUUCCUAACAGCUGGGGUUGGGAGGAAGAUGAAAAGAGCCUAUUCGAUAGCUAGAAGGGAAUAUGAAAGGUAGAAGUGACUUCAAGGUCACGAGGUUCCUCUCCCACCUCUGUCACAGGCUUCUUGGCUACGUAGUUGGAGCUGUUUCUUCCCCCAGCAAAGCCAGAGAGCUUUGUCCCUGGCCUCCUGGACACAUAGGCCAUUAUCCUGUAUUCCUUUGGCUUGGCAUCUUUUAGCUCAGGAAGGUAGAAGAGAUCUGUGCCCAUGGGUCUCCUUGCUUCAAUCCCUUCUUGUUUCAGUGACAUAUGUAUUGUUUAUCUGGGUUAGGGAUGGGGGACAGAUAAUAGAACGAGCAAAGUAACCUAUACAGGCCAGCACGGAGUAGCAUCUCUCCUGGGCUUGCUCCUGGCUUGUGACGGUAUAAGACAGAGCAGGCCACAUGUGGCCAUCUGCUUCCCAUUCUUGAAAGCUGCUGGGGCCUCCUUGCAGGCUUCUGGAUCUCUGGUCAGAGUGAACUCUUGCUUCCUGUAUUCAGGCAGCUCAGAGCAGAAAGUAAGGGGCAGAGUCAUAUGUGUGGCCAGGAAGUAGCCAGGGUGAAGAGAGACUCGGUGCGGGCAGGGAGAAUGCCUGGGGGGUCCCUCACCUGGCUAGGGAGAUACUGAAGCCUACUGUGGUACUGAAGACUUCUGGGUUCUUUCCUUCUGCUAACCCAGGGAGGGUCCUAAGAGGAAGGUGACUCCUCUCUGUCUUAAGUUGCACUGGGGGAUUUCUGACUUGAGGCCCAUCUCUCCAGCCAGCCACUGCCUUCUUUGUAAUAUUAAGUGCCUUGAGCUGGAAUGGGGAAGGGGGACAAGGGUCAGUCUGUCGGGUGGGGGCAGAAAUCAAAUCAGCCCAAGGAUAUAGUUAGGAUUAAUUACUUAAUAGAGAAAUCCUAACUAUAUAACACAAAGGGAUACAACUAUAAAUGUAAUAAAGUUUAUGUCUAGAAGUUAAAA